CUAAAAUGUGUCCCCCGCGAAAUGCUGCGCCUCUUAAGUUUCGUUCCUUUUUCUUUCUGUCACGAGCGGAGCAGAAGGACCCAGAAUUCAACCAGACAGAGGGUGUUUUGUUUUGUUUAUUCAAACGGAAAAGACAGCUGCGCGCUGUGGGACUGUCCUCAGCUUCCUUGGCCGGGAGGUCUGGAGAGAGGAACAGCAGAUCCAUGUUUCCGUGGGAUCUGCUGAUUGGACGACCCGAGGGACAGCGCGAUGGCGGAUGUCCCAAACAGGAGGCACCACAGGGCUGGUGCAGGAUUUGGGGCCAUCAUCCUCUGUGUCCUCGCUGCCAUGGUCCUGCUGGCACACCUCUGUUGAGCAGAAGCAUCUGGCCGGAUCCUGAAAGAAGUGGUUCAGCCGUAUCAACAUGCGCUGUCUCCCCAUCAUCUCAGUGGCGUGUAAGAAACAUACCAGUAGUCUUCAAGGGAUGUAAUGUUAAAGUGGUUUCAAGGAGAGGUUUGUGCCAAUAUGAAUCAUCUACAGAACGAGUGUGUAAGAAGACACACACUCAAAUUGCACCUGCUGCACACACUUGUCAACAAAUGGCACAAUCGACGAUAACAAAUAAAGUUCACUGGAAAGUUGUUUUUUUUCUGCUCCUCCGCCAACCUGCAUGGUGGGACACUUUGCUUGGUGGAACAGGUGCUUUAAGUGUUUCCAACACUUUUGACAAUAAAGUAACAAAAACUAUGUUAUCAAACACUGAACAGCAUGCAUCAAGAGCUGUUCAUCAGAUUGGAAUGUGGAUGCCUAUUGUUGUAACAUCACAGGAGGAAACUGCAAAGAUCUUCCUUAAAGAACUGAACUGGCAAAUAAAGAUGUGGAACACGACAGCAGAAGUGUUAACGAACAUUUCUGUAGCUCUGAACUGGACGGUAUGUAACGUACAGAUGAAACACGCUCAUAUACAACAAGAAUGGUUUAAGCGUGUCGUUAUUAUCGGGAAUUUCCACGAAUGGAGACAACUAUGGAACAUUAGUAGUAGAAGUUGGUUACAACUAGAACUGCAGAAGACCUAUUGUAAUGCUACUAUGUGUGAAGGACAUUGGACACAAUAUGAUGUCACCAAUAGUACUACUGUCUGUCAUUAUUAUAUAUUGCCCGUAGUGACUGUACAGGGGUAUUGGUUUUUGAAACUGGAUGGUGAUUGGUUUGGCCCACAGACAAACUACACCUAUGACCUGGAUCUAUGCGAGACUGCUGAUAAAGGGAUGGUAUGUAUGCUACAACAAGGACAUCUUAACCCAUGUUUAACCAAGAAGAGGUGUUAUGUAAUUCGACUCAUGAACCAGCUAGAGAAUAAAGAGUCAUCCUCAAUUACCUCAGGUGCCUUUCGUUGGGUGUUUUGAUGUAUACAUCUGGAAUUGGAAUAACGUGACCUAUCAAUUAACCAAUUUCACUAUCUCCCUGGAUCGGUUCAAAUGUGCAUUGAAUCAGUCUACAGAACUAAAUUGCUUGGUUAAAUCACACAGGUCCAACAUUUCCAGCUUAAAGGUGUCUAAAUUUAUGGCCCAAGGACAGGUUUUGUAUGCGGCUAAGUUAAUGGAGCAAGCAUCUGCACAUCAUUGGUGGGACAUUUUUUUUAAUGGAAUGUCUGUUACUACUCGAAACAUUGUAGUACCUCCCUUGCUUUUGCUCAUUAUUGUUAUUAUAGUGUUAACCUUAUGUAAUGUUACAUAAGGGGCAGAGGGGUACAUAUCAGGGAACGCAGGGAUAUUGGGCCAGAUGCAUAUCUUUCCAUUUGUACCCAUACUGGGGUUUCCUCAUCAUCUAACUGCAAGACCCAAAAUACCACUUUAUGUAGAUUUGCUGCCCCAGAUUAAAUGCAUAUAAUUUCAUAGAGCUAGGUCCC